UUCAUUUGUUAAUUUUGCUGGGAAAGGUAGCUGAAGAUUCCAGUUGUACAGCAGGUGUAAGGGUAGCUCCUUCCCCAAUUUACAGGGUUGAGGAAGAAGGAAGAUAAGUUGCUGACUUCUCAUGUUGGAACAGAUUUCCCAUUAAAACAAACAAACAAACAAAAAAACCUUUAAAUAAUAAUACAUACUCUAACAUGUUUCAAGUAUAUUAUAGAAUAUAUAGUUGUUUUGAGACUGCCCUAGGGCUGUGACUGCCUCUAAUCUUAACAUCUCUUAAAAGAGUAUGUUUUUAUUCCAAAGCAACUUCUGAAUCCUAGACUUAAAAGUUGACAUUCCAUAUAUUUAUGAAUUAAAGGAUAGUCAUUGAAGUUAUUGAGUCAUUGAGGAGGUUAUUACUGAACCUAUGCAUGGUUUUCAUUACCUUAAUGAUUCAUCCAAGCUCCUGUAAUAGUCUUAGAGAAAAACCAUGUUUUUGAGGGUCUAGCUCUAAUGCAUCUGUUUUAAAGAGAACCCAUUUAUGUUCUUCCCUUUGGUGAUGUCUUAAAUUACAAUCAUAUUGCCUGAAAACGUGUCCUAUAAAACAUACAUUCAGGAGUUCCUGUUGUGGCAUAGUGAGUUAAUGAUCCGGCUUGUUUAUGUGGUGCUGCUGGUUCUAUCUCUGGCCCAGCACAGUGGGUUAAGGAUCUACCGUUGCCACAGCUGUGACUAGGGCACAGCUACAGCUCAGAUGCAGUCCCUGGCUCAGGAACUGCCAUAUGCCACAGGUGUGGCCAAGAAAGAGAAAAAAAACCCAUACACAUACAUCCAACAUGAUCUGUGGAAGCAGGUCCUUUAGUAGUGAAAAGUCCAUGCAGUGCAAGACCUUCAUAAGGUCAGGAUGUAGGUACUUCUACAGAAAUGCCUCUCUGAAGGUCUCCACUGCUUUUUGUGUGUCUUCAUUUUCUGUCCUUUAGCGCAUUUGAUGAUUAUUUAACCAACAUCUAUCUGCCUAAUCUCAGACAUUGAUGGGCCCUGGGAAUGUAAAGUUGAACAAAAGAUUGCCUUCUAGAAGUUACCUAGAAGAGGAGACUGGCAAGUUACAAAACAAAGUGAAAAGAGUUAAUAAGAUGUUUGAGUUGAGGGAAGAGUGCACUUCUUGUUUUUGGCCUGGUCCAUGGCAUGUGGAAGUAUCUUGGCCAGGGGUCGAACCCAGUCCACCUAAGUGAGGAGGCCUGAUCCCUAAGCUGUUGCUGCUCUAUAAGAGAACUUUCUCUUCCUUUUUUUUUUUUUUUAAAUCAUGUCCUACUUGAAACUGACCUUAUGUCUUUGGUUCAGCUAUCUUUCAGAGCAUUCCAGUGACACCUAGGCCUCAUUCCCUACUUCAGGGUGUUGCCUGAGGUUGUUUCUCACCCAUUGCUAUAGAGCUAAGAAGUCAAGAAGUACUUAGUGCGUAGAAAGAGCAGGCAGGUACCACCAAUACCCUAAAUUGUUUUCUGUCCUGAUUUAAAAACUCCCAAGUCCACACAAAAAGGAAAUCGAGAGCUGUGUCAAUGACUUGGAGCCCCGUGAUAAGACAGCCAGCUCACCAUCUUUGGAGGUAUAUCAAGUGGGAAUACAGUAAAAUUCAUGCAUUAGAGUUUUGAAUCAACUUAGGUCUAAGAUUUUCAGCUGCUUACAAAACAUUGUUUGGAAAUGCCAUAAUUCAGUCAACAAAAAAAUAUGUGAUACCCCCCUCCCCACACUCCUCACCUUAAUCAGUCACAAGAGUUUAUAGAGCUUUCUUUUACAGUCAUUGCCGCUAAAUUAAUUCAGGUGACUUUUCAUCACCUGGUACCUGGAUUCUUCUAUUGUAAGUCUCCUAAUUUGAUUCCCUGUCUCCAGAUCUGUUCUCUCGCCAAAAGGAUCCAUGUUGUUAGUCUGAUAUAAUCUUAAUGCAUUUCUUCCCAUAACUUUCAGUAACUCCCAAUUACCUGCAGCGUUGAAUUGGUAGUCCAUAAUCUGUAUCCAGCUCACUCCUCCAACUGUAACCUCUUUCAUUCAUGGUAUGGGAAAUGCCAGGGUGUCUAUUAGCUUGUUUGUCCUCUUCCUCCUUGCUGGGACUUCACCUGUCUUCUUGUAGCUUCAACGAAUAGCACUUUUCUCUUGUCCCUGAGAUACAGGAAGUCCCUGGUCUGCAGUACCUCGCCCUCCACCCAUCUAUAGCCCUUAAUUCAUUCAACCAGCGGCUUGAGGGCUCCAGUUGUUGCUGGGAUGCGGUGCACCACUCACCGCUAUUUAUGGUCUAGAUUGCUUUUUACCUUUUCAAGUAAGUGGAUUCCACCAAGAGCUCCUGGAGCUAGGGCCACCUCUUCUCGGCUUCAGUAAGUAAAUGAUGAGUUACUAUUUUCCCUUUUAAGAGGCUGCUCCUGGAGCCUGACUCAAAUUGAAUAGGCCAGAACAUACUGGUCACAAGAUCUGACCCACUGCGUGAUCACAGGUCAGGUGAGGGAGGGUCGACUAAAAGCCAUAAUUCUAUUAGGGAACGUGCUCCAUUAAGUCAACCUGGACCUAGGACCUGGGCCCCAAACUCAGCGGCGUGUGGGCGGCGGCGCCCUGCAGGCCAGGACUACUUUUGGCCCUUCGCAGCCGCCGUCCACAGCGCCCCGCUGAGCCCCAAAGCCCUUGGAGAGGACCGGCUCACGCUCCGCACUGCCAGGCCCCCACCACGGCUCUCCGUGCAGGACAGACGAUGAAGUUGAAGGAACUUGAGCGACCAGCUGUCCAAGUGUGGAGCCCAGCCAGCCAGUACCCUGUGUAUCUGGCCACAGGAACAUCUGCGCAGCAGCUAGAUGCCUCCUUUAGCACAAAUGGCACAUUGGAAAUCUUUGAGGUUGAUUUCAGGGACCCCUCUCUGGACUUGAAACGCAAGGGCAUCCUUUCUGCCUCCAGCAGGUUUCACAAGCUGAUCUGGGGGAGCUUUGGCAAUGGGCUUCUGGAAGGCUCCGGGGUUAUUGCAGGCGGCGGGGACAAUGGCAUGCUUACUCUAUACAAUGUGACCCACAUCCUGUCUUCGGGAAAGGAGCCUGUGAUUGCCCAGAGGCAGAAGCACACGGGGGCUGUCAGAGCCCUUGACUUUAAUCCUUUCCAGGGCAACCUCCUAGCCUCAGGGGCCAAUGAUUCUGAAAUCUUCAUUUGGGAUUUGAAUAACUUGAGUGUGCCAAUGACCCCGGGAUCCAAGUCACAGUAUCGUGAGCAGCCCCUAGAAGACAUCAAGGCACUCUCUUGGAACCGCCAAGUUCAACACAUUCUGUCUUCUGCUCACCCCAGCGGCAAGGCAGUCGUGUGGGAUCUCAGGAAGAAUGAACCUAUCAUCAAAGUCAGUGAUCACAGCAACAGGAUGCACUGCUCAGGCCUGGCCUGGCACCCAGACAUAGCCACCCAGUUGGUGCUAUGUUCAGAAGAUGAUCGUCUUCCAGUGAUUCAGCUGUGGGACUUGCGCUUUGCCUCCUCGCCCCUCAAGGUGCUAGAGAGUCACAGCAGGGGAAUCUUGUCAGUGUCGUGGAGUCAGGCUGAUGCUGAGCUGCUGCUCAGUAGUGCCAAGGACAGCCAGAUCUUGUGCUGGAACCUUGGGAGCAGUGAGGUGGUGUAUAAGCUGCCCACACAGAGCAGCUGGUGCUUUGAUGUGCAGUGGUGCCCUCGGGAUCCUCCAGUGUUCUCUGCUGCCUCCUUUGACGGCUGGAUCAGUUUAUACUCCGUGAUGGGUAGGAACUGGGAAGUCCAGCAGAUGAGACAGGCUGACAAGAUCUCUUCUUCCUUCAGCAAAGGCCAGCCUCUCCCACCAUUGCAGGUGCCAGAGCAAGUGGUCCAAGCAUCACUGAUACCUCCUCUGAAAAAACCCCCCAAAUGGAUGAGAAGGCCAGCAGGUGUUUCAUUUGCUUUUGGGGGGAAGCUGGUUACCUUUGGCCUUCUCAGCACCACUGCCCAUCAGGUGCCACAGCCUUGUCUCCACCUGGUGUUCAUCAGUCAGGUCACCACGGAACCUGAAUUCCUGACACGGUCAGCUGAGCUGCAGGAAGCCUUGGGAUCAGGAAAUGUCCUGAAUUACUGUCAGAACAAGAUCCAGCAAGUGACACUGCCAAGUGAAAAGAUGCUCUGGCAGUUCCUGAAGGUGACCCUAGAGAAGGACUCCAGAAUGAAAUUCCUAAAGCUACUAGGAUACAAUAAAGAUGAGCUUCAGAAGAAGGUGGCCAUGUGGUUGAAGAGUGAUUUGGGGCUGGGUGAAAGCCCUCAGCCCAAGGAGGAUGCCCCCAACAGUAGCAGACGACAGGCCUUCUGCAGCCAGACCUCUGAACAUAGCGCAGAGGAAGCCUCUGCCUCCUCAUCCUUCUUUGAUGAGCUGGUCCCUCAGAACAUAACUCCAUGGGAGAUCCCCAUCACAGAAGACGCAGAUGGACUCCUGAGCCAGGCUCUCCUGCUUGGAGAACUGGGCCCUGCCGUGGAGCUGUGUCUGAAGGAGGAGCGCUUUGCUGAUGCCAUCAUCCUGGCCCAAGCUGGGGGUGCAGACCUGCUGAAGCAAACACAGGAGCGUUACUUGGCCAAAAAGAAAACCAGAAUCGCCCCGCUGCUAGCCUGUGUUACCCAGAAGAGUUGGAGAGAUAUGGUGUGUGCCUGUAGCCUGAAGAACUGGAGAGAGGCUCUGGCCUUGCUACUGACCUACUCAGGGCCAGAGAAAUUCCCUGAGCUCUGUGACAUGCUGGGAACUCGCAUGGAGCAGGAGGGCAGCAGAGCACUAACCUCCGAAGCCAGACUCUGUUACGUGUGCUCAGGGAGUGUGGAGCGGUUGGUGGAGUGCUGGGCAAAAUGCCACCAGGCUUCAUCCCCAAUGGCUCUGCAGGACCUGAUGGAGAAGGUGAUGGUCCUUAACAAGAGCUUGGAGCUACUGCGGGGUCCUGAUGGGGUGAGCCCAGGCCCUGCCACAACCUCCAGGGUCACUCAGUAUGCCCACCUCCUGGCAGCGCAGGGCAGCCUGAACGCUGCCAUGAGCUACCUACCCAGUGACUGUGCUCAGCCACCAAUUCAGCAGCUCAGAGAUCGGCUUUUUCAUGCCCAGGGUUCUGGUGUCUUGGGCCAGCAGUCUCCCCCUUUCCCCUUCCCCCGGGUUGUUGUGGGAGCUAUCCCCACCUCUCAAGAGACAUCAUCUCACAGACUGGGAUUCCAGUCUUCUCACCAGGUUCCGACUCCAUCUGUAAGGCCAAGGAUUUCCACACCUCAGUCAUCACUAGUGAUGCCCUCGACAUCUUCCCAUCCUGUCCCUUAUCAGGGCUCCCGAAUGAAGAAUACAAGUGACUAUAGGCCACCUGGUUUCCAGGAAUCCCAGCCUUUGCCCCUGGGCCCUGGGGUAAGGCCCGCUUCCUCUCAGCCACGGCUGUUAGGAAGGCCACGGGUGCAAGCUCCUAACCCUGUGAGAUUCCCUGGAACAUGGCCUCUUCCUGGUCCCCCUCCUCCCAUGGCACCCGCAGACAUCAUGCCACCUGGCUCUGCCUCCCUGCCUGAGACUCCUCGACUGGUCCCUCUGCUUCCUGUGAGAACACCAGGCCUCGGUCCCAUGAACUCCCAGCCGCCAGCCCCUCCUGUCAGCCUCCCUGCAGCACACCCCUCAGGAGGCCCAGGCGCUCCAUGUGCUAGCGCCCCACCAGCCACCGACCUCUUGACCCCUCAGCCAGGGCCUCAAGAUUCCUUGAAAAAUGCUCCAGUGCCCAGGGGAAGCCUUCAGAGGAAAAAGUUGCCAGAGACAUUUAUGCCCCCAGCACCAAUUACUGCUCCAGUUAUGUGCCUCACCCCUGAGCCACGAGGGCUCCUUUCCUCACAGCCAGCUGUCCCCAGUGUGAGUCAGGCUCCCUCUGGAGCCCCAGGAGAACUCGGCCUGCAGCGGCUUCAGCAGCCACCUGAGAAGAUGGACAUGAAGGAGCUGCCCCCCGAACAUGAGUCCUUGAAGAUCAGCUUCGAGGCACUUCUGCAACGCUGCUCCCUUUCUGCCACUGACUUAAAGACAAAACGGAAGCUGGAUGAGGCAGCCCAACGCCUAGAAUGUCUGUAUGAGAAGCUCCGUGAGAGGACAGUCCACACUGUAGGGUCCCCACCUCCUCCACCUUCAGCCCGUCCCUCUGGGGACCGACUCCCAAAGACAUGCUUAUGCCUGGGUCAGUUUCCUCAGUAUCCCUUCAAGGAAAGAGGGAAGAAGAAGAAGGGAGAAGGCAGAGAUUCCUGGAAAGCCUGUGCCAGCAGAGGGCCUCUGCAGAAGGAAGACGUGGCUACAGCGGAGACCUUUCAGCAGAAACUUGGGGCGGGGAGAGAUGAGUAAAUGCGAAAAGCCAUGCUUUCCCGGACCCUGCAUAUCUCAGAAGCAUUCUUCCAGUUUCUAAGAUCCACAGGCUUUAGGGCAACGAGGACAGAGAGGAGGAACGCCUGUACACAUCCUGGUCUGAGAAAAAUCACUAGCUCAGACUCUCAAAACGGUUCCCAGAGCUAAGUGUGGUGAGCGGACGAUGCAGAUAGCUCGAGGAGAGCGCAGAGGAAUUGUGGAAACAGGUUGGGAAGUGGCAAGCAUCGGAGAGAAUGCAGAGUCUCUCCCUCUCGGGAUCCCUGGCCUUGGUAGUGUGGAGUCCCUAUUCCCUAGAUUCCUCUAUUUGGGGUCUCUAAAAGAAGCCAAGGACAAAUAAGGAAACAAGAAGGGAGAGAGGAGGCCCUUAGGGUUUUCUCCCAGGUUUGUGAGCCGCGCCCCCCGGCGGCCGCUCCGCGCGACUGCAGAAGUAUUUGGUAACCCGCCGGCGGCACUGCUCGCAGCGGACCGCGCAGCACCAGUGGAACUUGCAGUUGCAGCUGGACACUGUCUCCGCGCGGCGCUCCUCCACCGACAGGCCGCAGUCGCCGCAGAGCCGACGGCAGCUGCGACGCUCCCAGCGGCCCAGGGCCCGGCCGCGCCGCAGGCACUCUCUGCCUUCGGUGCCCAGCAGUCCUAGAGUUUUGUUCUCCAGGCAGUAGUCCGGGGAGUCCUCCAGGUGCACCAGCUCCCGCGUGGAGAUGGAGCGAAAGGUGUCGGCGAUGGCGCCGCGGCCCGCCGCGCUGUUGCCAGCACCCUGCAGCAGAUCCACCUUGAGAGCUGCGUGGUACUUCUCUUUCAAGUGCGCGCCCACCUCUCGGAACUCGGGCAACUGCAGCCAGCAGGUCUGCGUGGUGCAGCUGCCAGAAACGCCGUGGCAUUUACAUGUGCGUUUCAUGGUGCCCUUUACUGCCUGAGGAGAGAGCUAGGAGUGAGCAAGCCAGGAAUUAAGCGCGUGAGGAGCCUCGGCCUCAAGGGGGUUGCGAAGCGUCUAGCUAGUCUACGUGGCCAGCCGGCCUGGUACCUCAUUUCCCCAGUCUGAUAAAUGAAUUGAUGAGCUGUCCGCACCUAGCUCUGGCAGUGGGUUCAUGGAGCCAGCUGCCUGAUUCCAGGGGCUGCGGGACUCACCUUGCGACCAGCCUCGUUGUUGUGUAGAUUCAUGGCUGCCCGGGCAUCCUGUCCUGUCUCCAGGGCAUCUACGAACUGUUUGGAUAUUGCCUCUCCGAAGCCCACGUUGUCGCUGCAGCCUCCCCACAGCCAGCCUUGGCCCCCUGGAAGCGUGCGGUGGGAAAAAAGGCCGUUACGGCGGGCGGGCGCGGAGCCUCCUGGGCUACUGAUUCUAAGUGGGUUUGGGGAAGGAUUCAGGUGGGGCGAGUGCUCUGUCUCCAGGUUACUGUCACCCUAGAUUUGUUUUUGCCACCUUUGUGCUCCUAUUUCCAGCCUCAGCCAAUCCCCUGCGCAGGGCCGUAUGACGUAAGUAGCUGACAAGGGAAUUCUCAGCCAGGUGCUUGCCCGCCCUCCUCAGUGUUUCGGGCCCUUGCGCACAGCGUGCACGUGCUCCGCCAGCGAUGGCCGGGACAAAAUGGCGCGGAAAAAGGUGAGGAAAGCGCGAGUCCUGAGGGGGAGAGAGAGGCGCAAUUGAAAUUAUAUGGAACAAAGAACUAUGUCUAGUCACUUAUGAGGGAGCAUGACAAUGGGAGAAAAAAGAAUGUAUACAUGUAUGUGUAACUGGGUCACCAUGCUGUACAGUAGGGAAAAACUGUAUUGGGGAAAUAACAAUAAAAAAUUAAAAAAAAAAGAAAUAGUAUGGAGCAGCAGUUGGAAGGUGAGCUGGAGGGCAGAGGAUUGGACAAGGCAGUGAAGGUAAACAGUGGAAAGGAGACAGGGAGAGGCGGCGUAGAAGGGCGUUCGUUUCCCCUAUGUUCGAGAUCAUACUAGGAUAGAGUCCGCAGAGAGUGUUCUUUUAUCAUUAUUGUGUUUAAAUUAGGGAAACCACACAGUCAGAGAAGGGCCCUCACCUACAUUUAGCCUGGUUUGUCCCUGUAGGGUUUGAGGCCAAACUGGUUCGCCCUGAUUUUCCUCAGAUUUAGAAGAAUAAAACGCUUCUUCACCACACCAAGUACCCACCAAGUUUUUCCUUAGGUGGACUUUACUG